AUGGCCACCAAAAUUUUUCUAUCUCCUCUUUUUAUACUCCUUGCUUUCCUAGUCCUCGUUCAAAUUACUGGCUCGUCUGAAGCUGGCGAUGAUAUAAUCGGCGUUUACUGGCGUCUGACGAGUGAUAACAGUAAUCUUACAGAAGCAUGCGCCACUGGAAAAUACACUUACGUGGUCAUAUUCUAUCUCUUGAUGACCUCUCCGGGUGAAUUUAGCCCUCAACUCCUGGACACCCCAGCAGGUAUCUGCAGUGGCCCUCCUUUAUCAUGCCCCACCAUUGGCACAAGUAUCAAAUACUGCCAACAACAAGGGAUCAAGGUGAUGCUCUAUGUUGCCGGAGAAGGUUGGAAUGUCACUCUAUCUUCUGCUGACAAGGCUCGAAGUGUUUCUGAUUACUUGUGGAACACUUUCUUGGGAGGAAAUUCAUCUUCUCGCCCAUUUGGAGAUGCCAUAUUAGACGGCGUCAAUUUUGAUAUCCGCUAUUCUACACCAUACUGGAAGGACCUUGCUCUUUACUUGAAGUCACACAGCUCUGCAACACGAAGAGUCCUCUUAUCUGCAUCACCUCAAUGCCGGUUUCCUGAUAAUUUUCGUGGCACUGCCCUUGAAGAACAUCGCCUUUUUGACUAUGUUUACAUACAAUUCCAGGGCGACCCUGCCUGCAAAUAUUCAGUAUCACACGGUAGCGACUCAUUAUUAAAUACAUGGAACCAAUGGACGAAAUCAUUAUCAGAUGGUGGCUCUAAAGUGUUGCUGUACUUGCCAGCAUCUGAAAAUGCUACGGACAGUGGCUUUAUUCCUAGUGAUGAGUUGAUCAGUGAUGUACUUCCUUUUGUAAGGAAGUCACCUAACUAUGGUGGUGUGAUGUUGUGGAUGAGGGACUAUGAUGCACAGAAUAAUUACAGUGACGACAUUAAACUCAGUUCUCUGUGCACAGAACUCAAAAACGCUUCCGCAUGCGGGAACCACGACAACAUCUUUGAAGAACAGGUCGGCAACAUGUCCGCUGGUAGUUCAAAGAUUUAUGAAAGUCUACCGUGUUGUCAGACCAUAUGCAAGAACAAUUGUUCCUGCGUCGCUUAUGCACCAGUGAAUUCCGGUCGUGGAUGCCAGAUAUGGCUUCAAGGAGCCACAUUCACGGCUGGAGCGAAAGGCCAGUCAAUUUAUGUUUUAGCUGUUAGACACAAAGGAAAUAGGUGGUGGAUAUGGCUAAUCACCGGGGUGGGAUCAAGCAUAGCAUUAUUUCUGAUUUGUUACUUAUCCUUACGGAGAAAACACAAAGCAGAAGUGGUCGGAACUACAAAGCAAAGGAAGAUAUUACAUGACAUUGGAGGCAGUGCAAUGAUUUACAUGGCGCAAGGAAAAGCCAAAAGGAAUCAGAAACAUCAAAUAGCAAGCAAUAAUAAUGAGGUCGAAAUAUUCAGUUUUGAGAGCAUUGCGGUUGCCACAAACAACUUCUCAUUUUCAAACAAGCUAGGAGAGGGUGGUUUUGGUCCCGUUUAUAAGGGAACACUAACUGAUGGGCAAGAAGUAGCAAUAAAGAGACUUGCUAAGAGUUCUGGACAAGGACUCACUGAAUUUAAAAAUGAAGCUAAACUCAUGGCCCAACUGCAGCAUACGAACCUUGUGAGGCUUAUAGGGUUCUGCAUCCAAAGAGAUGAAAGAAUAUUGGUCUAUGAAUACAUGUCCAACAAGAGCUUAGACUACUACCUAUUUGAUGAAAUCAAACGGCAUGUACUAGGUUGGGGAAAACGAUUUAACAUUAUAGAAGGAAUUGCCCAGGGGCUUCUUUAUUUGCACAAGUAUUCAAGACUAAAAGUUGUGCACCGUGACUUAAAGGCAGGAAAUAUUUUACUUGAUGAAGAAAUGAAUCCUAAAAUAUCUGAUUUUGGUAUGGCUCGAAUAUUUGGGCCAAAAGGAUAUGAAGAAAGCACAAACAGAGUAGUUGGCACAUAUGGUUACAUGGCUCCAGAAUAUGCAAUGAACGGUGUUGUUUCGAUCAAAAUAGAUGUAUUUAGUUUUGGUGUUCUGCUACUUGAGAUUCUUAGUGGCAAGAAGAACAAUAGCCGUAAUGAUUUAGAUGGUUGUCUCAAUCUCAUAGGAUAUGCAUGGCGCCUUUGGAAUGAAGAUAGACCUUUAGAGUUAAUGGACUCAGAAUUAAGUGAACCAAAUGACCAAAAGAAAGUGCUAAGAGGUAUUCAUAUUGGUCUCUUAUGCGUCCAAGAUCAAGCAGUGGACAGACCUUUCAUGGUUGAUGUAAUUUCUUUUUUAUCAAAUGAUACAAUUCAACUUGGCCAACCAAAGAAACCAGCAUUUUUUAGUAGUGUGGUUGAGGAACAGUUCGUGUUAUCCAACAGCAAUCAAGAACUUUAUUCCAUAAACUGCGUAACAAUGUCUAAUAUAGAUGGCAGAUAG